CUUCGGCUGAUCAAGGAUGCUCACUGAGACCCUCAUCUGCCUUGCAUCGGUCGGCAACUUCUGUCUUCAGUGGCAUAGGUGGCUGCGCCCGCCUGCGCAGCUCGCACCAGCCUGUGGUUGCACCUGUGACAUCUGCGCCGAGGAGUUCACCAACUGCGUGGACGUGCUGGUCGUCGGACCGCAAGGCGGCGUGCCCAGGCGGCUGCACCCGAGGCGUCGGGGCCACUUCGACCCGGAGGACCUGGGCGAGGUCAGCGAUCUGCGGGCGGGCGCCAGUCGGCAGCUGGACGUGGUGUGCGAGAGCGGUGAGCACCCGGCAGUGGCGCCCCCGCCUCUCGCCGACGCGCCUCUCUCCGAGGCGAUCGCGGCGGGGGGCGGCCAACCGUCGGGCGAGGCCGUUGGCGGAGUGCCCGCGUUGUGCGGGCUCCCGAAGGAGCUGGGCGUGGCGCCGCGUGGGGCGAUUUGGUACGUGCUCGCCGACGGUCUCGGGCAGCUCGUGCGCGAGUGGGGGG